CCGGAAGUCAAACUAGCACUAAAUGAACAUGAAAGGAUAACACAAAUAUAUACGCCACGAAAUUUGCAUAUGACGCGAGAAAAAAAAGCAUGCAGAAUGUGAAAAAAUACAUUAACAUACGGAACAAAAAGAAGGCACAAAGAAAACACGAAAUAGCCGCAACACAAUUGUAAAAAAAAAAUCUCUUAUCUGACAGCACAACGGACAGACCAAUUGAAAAUUAAUAAUUUAUUGGCGACGAUUUCUUUAUUCAGGAAAAAAAGGGGGCAAAGAAUGGUAAAUUAUAUUGGCCGUUGUUCAUUGUAAUCAAUUUAUAUAAUCUGAAUGAAGGAUGGCAAGUAACAGCUGCUUUCUCGCGGCAAAAUUUUCUUUGUCUGAUAUGUUCAAACCAUUGAAUUUUCUGCGUAUUUCAUCUCUCAGUAUAGAAAAGGGGCAGACACCAUUACUUGUGCAUGUAUAACGGAAGAAUGUAUGUUGAAAAUUGUAAACCACCGGUGACCGUGUCAAUUUUUCUUUAUAUUUUUUGAUAUCGCUUUAAUCAGUUUUGACGGUGAAUAGAUAUGUACCCAUUGAUUCUUCGCUGAGCUAGAAUCUAUUAUUUAAUUGUUUUUGUCAGUAUUCGUUCGUAUAGUUUUCUCACUGUUGCCAUUGUCUUAUAGCAUCUUGGUUUUUGAAAACAAUAUUUACUGUGAGCGAAAACAGAACGGCUUUGAAAUAACUAUGAAAUAAUAUUCAAUAGACUUUGAAUAAUUGGUGGUGCCGUGGUCUAAACCGGAAUCCGAUGAAGCCAAUAGAACGCAAGAUUUCAAAAGGCUUAAGAUAAAUCAGCUAUUCUUUUAUAUUACCGUUGACAGACUUACCUUUAUGACGCUAAAAUAAGAUUAAUUAGGGAGCAUGUACAAGCCAUCUGAUUGGCUCAGAGUUCAAAGCAAGCCUUAGGUUUCGAGUUAUUAGAUAUACCACAUUGUACUAAUAGAUAAGUAUGGUUAUUUCAAAAUAACUCCUUCCCUCGAGGCUUGUGUGACAGCAAGUCGGGCUGACUGAAUGGAAAUUUAGGCUGCGGUUGUAUAAAUUCUAAAUUUGCUCACAGGUAAAAUUGCUCCUCAAAGCCGGGCAAAGAGUGCUCUCAGUGUUUGUGACAAAGUUCUCAACUCAAAUGUCAGAAGGGGAAAAGAUUGACGAAGGCGAGCUAAUUACGGGCUCGGUAAAGUGGUUUAAUCUUGUCAAAGGGUUUGGUUUCAUCACAAGGGACGACGCUCAAGAGGACGUUUUCGUUCACCAGAGCGCUAUCAAGUCUAAAGGAUACCGUAGCCUCGAGGAAGGAGAAAAAGUUCGGUUCAAAACAGUCAGCUCAGAAAGAGGCAAGAUCGCUGUGUUUGUGACAUCGACAGACGGAGGAAAUGUGAGAGGCCUGUCACACAAGUGUCGAGUCAAAAAAGGCGCGCGAAAGUACACGAGUCUGUGUUACAACUGUAACGAGAAUGGGCAUAGAAUGAAGAAAUGUCCAUAUGCAAGGCGCAACGAAAGGGCUUGUCACAAAUGUGGCGCCCAGAGUCACCUCAUAAGAACUUGCCCAAAACUUUUGGAAGACUUGGAGAAAGUGUGCAACGAUUCGGGUACAGAAAGCAUCGACGAUAGAGAGGAAUUCUGAUUGAACAUUACAACAACGCGAUGACUUUGAGUUAGCGCAAUAUAUUGAUGUUCUGAAGCAGCUUUUUCUCGACAGACAAACGAGCCAUGGCAAACGCAACAAAAGCAGGUGAUGUCCACGCAUUAAGUAAACGCCUGUGAUACGAUGCACGCAUGAACCAGGACAGACAGGAAAUCAAGUACCAGUUCAUGGCGAUAUCCGAGGUGCCUUUCAUUCAGCCACUAAGCAAUCAAGCAGCCACAAGAGACGAUGGUCUCUUGGCGACGAUGAUAGAGAGAAACGUUCCUAGUCAUACUAGGGCAAACGUUGAUUGUCGAAGUAAGAACGAAGAACCAACUUUAAGCUAGGUUACCCUUCAUUGAUGUCUCAUUAUUGCGCGCGAAAAUGGGAACGAGGACACACGCUACCUUGUCCAUUAAUUAGCUUGGUUCAACUGCGUUUAAAGCCGUAAUUACUAUAAACAAGAACGUUUCUCAGCGUUAAUAUCCUUUUUUUAAAUUUAUUUCUCCUUUUAACCUUCUUAAUUUUGCUAAAUCCUCUAAUUAGUUAAGACAGACUCUUCUUUCACAAUAGAGAUGUGGCUUUUUCCGUCUGUUCUAUGAAGGUCAUAAGUGCUCCUGAAAAAAAAAAAAA